CAGAACUACAUGGCAGCAGGCAUGACAAAUUUUUGGAGCAAGAUGGAGAGUACAAGCAUUAGCUGUUGCCGGAGGCUGUGGUGAUUCUGUGGUGUCACAGGAAAAGUAGUUUAGAGACACUGGCAAAGAGGAGAUAAUCCAGAGCAGCAAUUUGCGUUGCCCCCUGGGUGGCUGUAAGGUUGUCUUUCCUGGCAAGUUGGCGAAGUAGGAUGUAGUCCGGAGCGAUGGAGAGAGAGGAAGGGAGAGAGAUAAACAUCAAUGUGAGAGAGAAACAUCAAUCGGUUGCUUCCCCUAUGCUCCUGGAACAGAGAUUGGAUGCGCUUGGACCAGAGAUUGGACAUGCCUGGACCCAGGACCAGACCCAGAACCCAGCUCGCAAGCCAAAAAGCAAAUGGAUGACUUUUACACUCAUCAUUUGUAUUAUUAUUCCAGUGGCCUUUAUAAUAAUAGUAAUCAUGGUAUUGCCUUCAAGAAACUCCAAAACUAUAAUAAAUCCCCAAAAUAUAAAAUGUCCGGUAAAAUGGAUUGAAGUAAGAUAUAAGUGCUUCUAUUUUUCUGAUGAUACCAGAAACUGGACAGCCAGUAAAACAUUUUGCAAGUCACAAAGAUCAGAACUUGCUCAGAUUGACACACAUCAAGACCUGGAAUUUUUGAAAAAGCACACAGGAACAUUUAUGCACUGGAUUGGGUUGAGCAGAAAACAAGGAGAGCCUUGGAAAUGGACAAAUGGCAAAACAUUCAGUUCCUGGUUUGAAAUUACUGGGAAUGGAUAUUAUGCUUUUCUGAAUGCUGAUGGAGUGAAUAGUUCCAGGGGAUUUGAGGACAUGAAGUGGAUUUGCAGCAAACCUCAAUUUUAAUAGAGGAAAACAUUGGGAAAUUGUUAAUGAACCCAGCCAGCGGAAGUCCCACCAUUUGCCACCAUACAGGCAAAACUUUGGAAACAAAGUUUGAUAGAAAGGAAAAAAAAGUUUUAUUUAAUUACCAUACAAUUUGAAAUAAAGGCAGGUUUCUGCCCCAAAACCCAUUCCUUUGUUAAAAAAUAUCCAAGGAAAAAUAACACUGCCACCCGCUGCCAGGCCAGACCGGUCCUAGUCUACACCUAGAGUUACCUUUCCCUUUGACAGUGCCAUCCUUGGGAAAAUACAGGUGGCUGAAACAUGCUUCUGGUCGUGGUCUGCUCCAGGUGUCCCUGGGAGCCUGUGCGAGCUGCUCCUUCUUUGGCCGUUGGUCCAGCCCUUGCUCCUGUCUCUUUUGUGUCAUCUCACCAGAGCAGCUGUGCUCCUAGCCAGGCAGCUUCCAGACCCCACUGGGCCAGCUGCUGACCAAUGCAGCAAAUGUGCAGUUGCACUGUCUUGCAGGCCCUGUGCCAGCCACCUAGCCACAUGGCUUCCAGAGCCGGCUAGGGCACAAAGCACCAACUGGCUAAGCACCUUCCCACA